AUGGAUACCGCAUCGCAUGCAUACGAGGCCUUUCCAACCUUCGAUACAUAUUCCGCCCCCACAACCCCACAGCACGAUCACGAUGCACCGAUACCCACAACUUCAGACAUCACAGCGACAACAUCUGAGCCCUUCUCCCUCCAGUACGAAGGCCCCCUCUACACAGAGAUAAACAUUCCACUCCCCCACAUCCCAGCACCACCAACAACCUCGUCCGCAUCACCACGCCUAUCCACAUCCGCCGCCUCAUGUACAUCGGACACGACAACUGAGAAACGACGAGGACGUUCCCGAACCCUCUCUUCCCUCUCCCCCUUCCGACAUCGCUCCUCCUCAUCUGCUUCAAACCCCAUUUCCUCACCCACAUCCCCCACACUUUCUCCUUCCAGGAACAGUGAAGAGUGGCCGCGGAUCCGACGAGACAUUGUAAAAUCCCGUGAAGUAAACGCGAUGAUGAAUCUACGGCACCAGAGUAAAAGGGGCAGGAGCGGGACUAUUGAUGCGCUUGCUGUUGUUCCUGCUGUUCUGGUGCUAAGCGCGGAAUUGUUUACGCCUGAGGAGGAGAAUGGAAGGGGUGGGAGGGAAGGGAGAAAAGAUAGUGGAGUGGGGAGGUGGGAGGAUGGAAUCAGUACGGACAGGUACAUGGUAGAGGGGAGGUGGUUGGCGCAACGACCUGACAUGGCUUGCUUUGGCUACGGAUACCAGGGUACUGGAUAUUAUACCAGUGGUAUGGGAUCAAUCGGGAGUAUCGAGGUCGCAGCCGUAGUCGCCAUGUUACGCUAUGGCGACCUCGACAAAGCUAUGAAGCUGAUAGCCGUGUAUAGCAAUAACCUAUGUUGGUGUUUGUCUGACGACGUAUCUUGA